AUGGACGUACAAAAGGCGUGUAAAGAAUUAUUGUCGAAGAUAGAACAAAUUUUCCUUGCAAAAAGUUUACCGUACUCCUUUAAUGGGAUAAAAGAACACGUAGAUUUUUUGAAUUCAUUGUUUAAUGGGGAUUUUCCACAAAAUAAUCACAAAAUCCUAAAUGUUAUAUCCGAAUUACUUUUGCAUCCUCCGUUAACCCUACCAAUUUCUGAAUUGUUUCGUCCUGUCUUGAUUGAUCUUACUUCCCGUUGGUUAUAUCCUGAUGACGCUUACCAUACCAAUAAUAGUGCAGUUUUUCGUGUAGAAAGUGUUGCUCUUGCGUUCAGUCAACUACUACCAUUAGCGCCUCAAUUGUUAAGUGUGUCUGUUUCAUUCUUUUCCCGAUCACCUUCCCUUCUUUUAAGACUUGAUUCAAUAGGUAAAAGUUCUGAAACCGAAGAAAUGGAGGCAUUUUGUUCACCAGAUGUAAUGGAUAUAAAGUGCCUAUUGAUGAUCGCCUAUAGACUUUUAAGAUUUUCCGAGAGAACAUUUGUCCCCUUGUGGAAUUGGUCAUCACUUUUUCAGUUGUUAACAAAUUCUGAUAAUUCGAUUCGUUAUCUAACCGUUUUAUGCAUAAGCAUCGUUUUUAAUAUGAGUGAUGCGCAACGGGAGAUCGCAUAUCGAAUAUGGGUUGGUCCAAAAGAAGAAAGGAUUUUAAUAGACUGGGAAGAUACCGGGACUUUUGAUAUAAGGAUGCUAACGCUGCUUGAGCAUGGAUCGCUUAUUAGGAAACAGCUUCACUUAACCAAAGAUAAUUGUGAUGACUUAUCGCGUUCGACACCUUUAGAAUUUGAAGAGUUUUCAAAAUUAACUGCCAAUAUUUCUGGAAUUUUGCUGCCUAGAUCUAUUCAAUCAGUAAAUAUGGAUAAUUUAGAAAACAAGCCACGUCUUAUGAUGACAGAAACAACUCAAAAUAAUUUAAAUGCAAUAUGCCUGGCUAUUUCCAUGGGUUCGCCCGUGUUGCUGGAGGGUGUGACAGGUUCUGGAAAAACAGCAUUGGUAGAGGAGAUUGCAAUUUCAACUGGACAUUAUGAAGGUCUCUUGAAGAUUCAUCUCGGAGAACAAACUGACUCAAAGACACUUUUAGGCACGUAUGUGUCUACAUCAACUUCAGCGUUAUUCCAUUGGCAACCUGGCGUUCUAACAACUGCAGUACGUGAAGGACGAUGGGUUCUAAUUGAGGAUAUAGAUCUUGCCCCGGUUGAUGUUUUAUCUGUUUUGUUACCUUUGUUAGAAACUAGUCAACUUUUUAUCCCAAAUAGGGGUGAAAGAAUUGAGGCAAAGCAAGGGUUUCAAUUAUUUGCUACGAGAAGUUUGUUGCAAAAAAAAGAUGAAUAUUUUUCUCGACAUCCCACGACUGAUAUGAGUAUUGGCAAUACAUUGUGGACUAAAAUUAGGAUCAAGCCCAUGAGUUCUGAUGAGUUAAAGUACGUGAUAGGAAAGAAGUUUCCACCUUUGCAUAGCUUGGUCACCGACUUAACGAACGUCUUUACAUCAAUAACAUCUAUCUAUCAAGACAAAACAUUAUUUCCAUCAAAUAUUGCCAGAGCAAUAUCAUCCCGCGACUUGAUGAAAUGGUGCGAAAGGAUAGAUUCUAUCCUUAAUUUAAAAGAUUCAGUCGGUAAUUAUAUUGACGGACUAUCGAGUAAAGUAAGAGAAGAAAUUUUUAGAGAGGCAGCAGACAGUUUUUGUGCAUUUAUAUCCGAUUAUUCGGUUUGGACACGCGUAUUGGAACUUCUUGGAGAGAAACUAGGGAUAACGAAUCAAUGGAUUGAGUUAUAUGCCAGUUCAUUUAUUCCAAACAUAAGUAUUAGUGUAAAUGUUAUUAUAAUAGGAAGGUCACAUUUGGUUCCGAAUAAUCGAAAAAAAAGAAAUUCUCUCAAGCGCGGUGCACAAAAAAAUCAUUUUACUGAUACAGGUCAUGCCUUAAGACUUUUGGAACAAAUAUCUGUGUGUGUGCAAUUGUGCGAGCCGGUUUUGUUGGUUGGAGAAACUGGAACAGGAAAAACAUCGGUAGUUCAACAUUUAGCAGAUCUCAUGAAUCAGAAUCUUAUUGUAGUGAAUUUAUCUCAACACAGCGACAUCAGUGACCUUCUGGGUGGAUUUAAACCGGUUGAUGCAAAUUUAAUCGCGGCACCUUUAAAAGAAGAAUUUGACAAACUGUUUGAAAAAACUUUUUCGGUUCGUCGUAAUCCAAGUUUCUUGCAGACUGUAAAUAAAAUGUACGUCAAGAAAAGAUAUAAUAAGUUUGUGUCGCUCUUACGACAAGCAAUUGGGUUGGCAGAACAAAAGUUUAACUCGGAACAAGAUCAACAUUUCGAGAUGGAAAUUGAAUAUGAAAAUCAAGAUAAAGAGAUUCAGAAAAAUCCUCGGAAACUCACAAAUCCCGAACUGCGUAACCGCUGGAAGAUGUUCGAAAGUUCAGUCCGAGAAUUUGAGAUUCAGCAAGAUCGAAUGCGAAAUAAACUUAUUUUUGCAUAUAUUGAAGGUUCAUUAGUUAAGGCCGUCAUUAAGGGUGAUUGGAUCCUCUUGGACGAGAUUAAUUUAGCUUCAACAGAGACUCUAGAGUGCCUAAGUGGCUUGCUUCAAGAUUCCAAGAGCUCUUUGUUGUUGACUGAGAGAGGUGACUCAAAGCCGAUUUCACGUCAUCCAAAUUUUCGUAUUUUUGCAUGCAUGAAUCCGGCAACUGACGUGGGAAAGCGUGACCUACCUCCUGGAUUGCGAAGUCGGUUUUCUGAAUUCUAUGUUCACCCACCUGACAAUAAUCGAGAUGAUCUGCUGUCUAUAGUAAGGAAAUACCUAGCUGGUUGUAUUCAUGGUGACGAACAGGCUUGCGUUGAUAUAGUUGAAUUUUACCUGUCGAUAAAAGAUUUAAUGCGUCAAUAUAUGCUUUCCGAUGGUUCAAAUCAGAUUCCGCAUUUUAGCAUGAGAACUUUGACGCGUGCCCUAAUGUUUGUUUCCCACAUUGCACCAAUUUAUGGACUUCGGCGCUCUAUGUACGAAAGCUUCUGCAUGACCUUCUUGACACAGUUGAAUAAAGAAAGCGAAAUGAGAGCUCGAGAUUUACUGCAGAAAUACUUACUUGGUGGUGUGAAAAAUCCUUUGGCACUUUUAAGUCAAAUUCCUAGAGCACCUACGGAUGGAAAAUAUCUUCAGUUUGGCCAUUUUUGGCUUAAGAAGGGUGAUUUUCAGCCAGAGGAAGUUUCCAAUUAUAUUCUAACACCCUCCGUAAAUAAAAACUUGGAAAAUCUUUCAAGAGUUGUUAUGAGUAACAGAUUUCCUGUUCUUCUUCAGGGUCCUACAUCUGCUGGAAAAACUAGUAUGAUUCAUUAUUUGGCUAAGCUAACGGGACAUCGUUUCGUAAGAAUUAAUAAUCACGAGCAUACCGAUCUUCAGGAAUACCUUGGCACUUAUGUUUCAAAUUCCGAGGGAAAACUAGAAUUCCAAGAAGGCAUACUCGUCGAAUCUGUAAGGAAGGGGUACUGGCUUGUUCUAGAUGAGUUAAAUCUGGCGCCAACAGAUGUAUUAGAAGCUUUGAAUCGUCUUUUAGACGAUAACAGAGAGCUUCUGAUCCCAGAAACUCAAGAGGUUAUUAAACCACAUAAAGACUUUAUGCUUUUCGCAACACAAAACCCACCAGGAUUGUAUGCGGGGCGUAAGGUUUUGUCACGCGCAUUUCGUAGUCGAUUUGUGGAGUUACACUUUGAUGAUAUUCCUGAAAGUGAAUUGGAAACUAUUCUAUCGGAAAGGUGUCGGAUUGCGCCUUCCUAUUGUAAGCGCAUGGUUCAAACGUAUAAGCAAUUGAUGGAGAGACGUCAAAGAACUCGUAUAUUUGAGCAGAAACAUGGGUUUAUUACAUUGAGAGAUCUGUUUCGUUGGGCGGAAAGAGGUGCGAUCGGAUAUCAAGAGUUGGCAGAGAAUGGUUAUAUGCUUCUUGCAGAGAGGGUGAGACGACCCGACGAAAAAUUAGUUGUCAAAGAAGUUCUGGAAAAUGUGAUGAAGGUUACUAUCGAAGAGCAAAAAAUGUAUGAUCGCUUUCAAUCGGAGUUCUCCAAAUUUCGGCAAAACGAUAUUAUAUGGACAAAGGCCAUGAAGCGUUUGUUCACUCUUGUUUUUCAGUGUUUGAAGUUUAAUGAGCCGGUUCUCUUAGUUGGUGACACUGGUUGCGGUAAAACGUUUGUAUGCCAAAUGUUGACUAAAGCCAUGAAUACAGAAUUGGUUACUGUAAAUUGUCAUCAUAGCACCGAGACGGCCGAUUUGCUUGGUGGACAACGACCAUUGAGAAACCGAGGAUUUUUUAAUUUCAAACUUAAAUGUGAUUUGAUCGAAUAUUUAAGGAAAAACGAUAUAUUUCGCGAAACUUUGGAAGAAUUGGAUUUACCUGAGUUAAUUGAACUUCUAGAACGUGAUUAUCGAGAAUAUAAGGCGGAGGAUUUAUCAAAACUUGAAGAAAAUGAUGAGUUAAUGUCACUUCUAUUACGAUGCAGACAGAGUCGUAAACUAUUCGAGUGGUGUGAUGGGCCUCUUAUUCAGGCCAUGAAAAAAGGAACUUUCUUUCUACUGGAUGAAAUAUCUUUGGCCGAUGACUCUGUCAUCGAACGUAUUAAUAGUGUAUUAGAGCCUCAUCGAACAUUAGUAUUACCAGAGAAAGGAGUAGGAAGCGUUGAAGAGUUAGUUGCUAACAGAGGGUUUCAAUUUUUGGCGACCAUGAAUCCUGGCGGUGAUUACGGUAAAAAGGAAUUAUCCCCUGCUUUGAGGAAUCGAUUUACGGAAAUAUGGGUUCCUUCGGUUUCUGAUCGCGAUGACUUACUGCAAAUUAUUGAUGCGCAAUUGAUUCACCCUGCUUUUGAGGGUUAUGCAUGUCAUAUUCUGGAUUUUAUCAAUUGGUUUACUAGUAUCACCGGGUUUAGACACGUGAUAAGCAUCCGAGAUAUAUUAUCAUGGGUUCAGUUUAUGAACAUUAGUGUGGAAUUUCUCGGACCCAAAGAAUCAUUCAUACACGGAGGAUGUCUCACUUUAUUGGAUGGGCUCGGCUCAAGCACUUCGCAGGCAUUUCUAUCAGGACAUCAUCUAAAAAAUAUUAGAAUAAAAUGUUUAGAAAAAUUAAAAGACUUGAGCAGAGACUCGGAUCAUUUCGACAACUCAAAAUACGAUGUCAGGACCCGUAACAUAUAUUCUGCUGAAAUGCAUUUCGGUAUUUAUCCUUUUUUUAUUUCUAGAGGUCUUGAAACGCAGAAUUUCUCUUUUAAUUUCCAAGCACCCACCACCGCGGAGAAUGCAAUACGAAUUCUUCGUGCAAUGCAAGUCCGCAAACCGAUUUUGUUAGAAGGUAGCCCUGGAGUUGGGAAGACAAGUUUGGUUACUGCAUUAGCUGCUGCAUCAGGUCAUCGGCUUGUUCGAAUUAAUCUAUCCGAUCAAACCGAUCUGAUGGACUUAUUCGGUUCCGAUUUUCCCGUAGAAGGAGGACGUAGUGGUGAAUUUGCGUGGUGUGAUGCGCCAUUUUUGAAAGCGAUGCAAAAUGGAGAUUGGGUACUCUUGGAUGAACUCAAUCUCGCCUCACAGUCAGUAUUGGAAGGCCUCAACUCCUGUUUGGAUCAUCGUGGUACUGUCUAUAUACCGGAGCUUGACAAAGAAUUUCACUGUGCUCAGGAGUUUCGUGUAUUUGGCGCCCAAAAUCCUUUCCAUCAAGGAGGUGGUAGAAAAGGUCUACCGAAAUCUUUUAUUAAUCGUUUCACGCAGGUAUAUAUUGAAGAACUCACGCAGGACGAUGUUUUGCUCAUUUGUGUGAACUCGUUUCCUCGAAUGGACAUUAAAACUUUGAAAAGUAUGAUCGAGUUCAACACUAGAAUGUAUGAAGACACAAUGAUCAAAUGCCUUUAUGGUCGAAAUGGAGCGCCCUGGGAAUUUAAUUUGCGUGAUAUACUUCGAUGGCUUGAACUGCUUGCUGAAGAUUAUGAACGUGGGAUUUACUCUUUGCCUCAUCAAUUUCUGGACCUUGUUUAUCUUAUGAGAAUGAGGACAAGCAAUGAUAGAGAUCGUGUAAUUUCAACGUUUAAUGAAAUAUUUGAUAAUAGUUACCAUCAACCAAGGAAUCCCUCAUAUCACAUUAAUCCCGAUUUUGUUCAAAUUGGUUAUUCCAUUCUGCGACGUCGCGAUAAUACGCAUAAACGUUCAUUGGCGAAUUCUUUGCACAUAUUGCAAUCGCAUCUUCUUUCUUUACAGUCAUUAAUGAAAUGUGUAGAAAUGAAUUGGAUGGCGAUAUUGACGGGACCCGAGGCAACCGGGAAGACAAGUUUAGUAAGGUUGUUAGCAGAACUCACUGGAAAUAAAUUGGAAGAAUUUUCAAUGAAUAGUACUGUUGAUACUACGGAGUUAUUAGGGGGUUUCGAGCAAGUGGAUUUAUCUAGACACCGACAAAUAGUAAUCAACGAAUUGAUUGAUGUUAGUGAUGAAGUCUCGAAAUCAUUAUUAAUUAGAAGUAUUCCGUUGCACGGUGAUUUUCAAAUUUUGCAAGCCGUCACCCAAUUCGGUCACCUCACUUUUACUUUAAAGAACUAUCAAAAAUUCAAUAAUUUCAAUCAAGCGAAUUCAUCAAUCAUGGAUUUCAACCUGAUAGAUCAAUUGUUGACAUUACUUGAUCAAACGAUCCGUGAUUUUAACUUGCCAUCCAAGAAUUCCCUGCAAUCCUUAUCUGAAAAGAUAAAAAAACUCAAAUCUAUGGAAAAUGAAAUUAUUGCAGGACGUUUCGAAUGGAUCGAUGGGGUUUUAAUUAACGCAUUAUUGAAUGGACACUGGCUUUUAAUAGAUAAUGCCAAUCUUUGCAGUCCUUCCGUUCUUGAUAGACUUAACCCUUUGCUUGAGCCAAAUGGAUUCCUAAUGGUUAAUGAACAAGGGGUGACCGAUGGUAAGACAAAAAUCAUAUAUCCACACGAAAACUUUAGGCUUUUUAUGACUGUUGAUCCCAAAAAUGGAGAGUUAUCACGUGCAAUGAGAAAUCGUGGCAUCGAAAUAGCACUUCUGAAAGAUGAAUCAACUAAUAUUCGAGAUUUAAUAAAAAUUUCAUAUGGUUUGGGACUUCAUCUACCAUGUAUGCCUGAGAUUUUGGAAAGGUUUUCAAAAACCUUUGAAAAUUUUUGCGGAACGAGCUGUCAUCGUCCUAGCCUAAGAGAAUAUAUUAUGUUUAUUCGAUUUUUAAAUGAAAGGAUUCAACGUGGGGAAUCAACGUUAUCUGCGACCAAUAAAGUAUUCCAACUUAUUUUUGAAUAUUCUGAGAAGGGAAAUCUCGAAGAAAAUGAUUUCGGAUUUUUGAAGUUUUCUUCUUUUCCAGAUCUCAAUGUUCAGGAAAACAAUUUCCUACAUACAUGUUCACCUUCCAACUAUCCCUUCUUCAUUGGAGGGGGUUUUUUCAAAGAUGAAUCAAUUAUCGCUAUGAUCAGUCUGCAAGGAUCUUAUCUUUUGCAACUUUUACUCAAAAAUGAAUCUAAUUUAAGUGAACAUGACUUAAUACCUAAUAUAUCUCCUGAAAUACUUGUGGCUAUUGAUUAUUUUGUUGAAAUAUCUUCACAGGAUGAUCUUAACGUUCGUCAUAGUUGGCUUGACUUUGUCUCCUCUAUUUUACAAUCGUCGUAUUUUAUUGUGCAUAGGAAACAAAGCGCUCUGGAGUAUGCCAAGUUUCUUUUAAAUAGUGUUUUGACUCACCCGGUCGCCACUCAAAUAACCGAACUCAGGUCUCGAUUAAUUAAUUCCAUUAAUUUGGAUUGCUCACUUGCGUUAAAUAAGCCCUUGGAUAUUACAAAUAUUCCAUAUUUCCAUAAAAUAUUCACUGAUAUCGGUUCAGGCUUACUUAAUCAUGAUAAUGUUGAUACAAAACUGGCGUUGUGGAAAGAAUAUUCCUUUAAAACCAAGACUUUCUUGAUUUUAAAGCGUCUGACGCGUUCAGAAUAUUUUGAAAGCUCUUCUUAUAAAUCUGCUUCACAAUUGAAAGUCACAAAGAUGACCAUAGCUCAACAAUCAUAUAUUUACCAUCAAGGUAUGCUAUAUGAGAAUCAAUUAAGUCACCGAAUUAUUGGCAACAUUUACUCUUUGUUGCAAAAAUCUAUGCAAUUUGUAAAGACGUUGAUAGAAGUCGGAGAGGUGUUGGAUUCGGAUGGCCUUUCACUGAUAAAUGAUUUUCUUGACCAACGUGAUUUCUUGUGGAAAUCUCUACAAACAAAUCUUUUUAUUUUUGGAGAUGCCUCUGUUAACAUUAAAUUACUGCACGAAAAAGCAACAAAGAUAUGUGAGAGAUAUUACAAAGAAGCGAAGCCUUUGGUGAAUGUUCUUAAGACACUGACAGAGGAUAUGUCUUUGACUACUGGGAUCUUUAUGAUCAAUAUUUGGAAGGACUUUCAUCACGUCACUCUUAAAAAAUUCGAACUUUUUCAGCUUGAACAGGAGUUGUCUUCUAUGGCAAAAAAGUUUGAUAAUAUUGGUUAUAAUGAAGACUUCAGAGAAUUGAAAAAUAUGAUAAUUGAUGCUAUUGCAACCUUAUUUUUUAUCGACGAAAACCCUCGAGAAAAAACCGAUGAGCUAUUGAUUUCUAUUAAAAGAAUUCCCGAGGUCAUCCAUAAUAAGAUGGAGGUAUCAAAGGUUGAAGGGGAUAUUUCAGAAUGUUCCAGACAAGACAUGUUUGUUCCUCAAAAUCUCAUAAUGGAUUAUUGGAGUAUCAUCAAGGAGAUGGAAAUCAUUGGGAAUCUACAGUCAAUUGUUCUAAAUUCUAGUUCGAAUGAUUAUAAUUUUGGCUCAUUCAUUCAUCAACUAUCUGAAUGGCGAGACUGGUCUUUGAAACAUUCUUCAAGAAACCCUCUGGAUUUUGUUUCCCACCAAAAAAUCUUGUGGAAUUACGGAGAUGGCUCGAAAGAUAAAAUCAAAAUAAUGCUUAACAACACUGUUCAGGAUGUCAUGUUCAGUUGGCACAAUAGAUUGUGGAAUAAUAGUUUUGAUCAAUUUUUCGUUGGCGAAAGAUCAGAUACAUCAAAAAAUUUUAUAAAGCAUUCUGGAGGUCCAUCAAGACUUUUUCAAAGCGUCUUUACUGAGUGCUAUCUUAAUUACUCCAACAUGAUACAAUCAACUUCCAUUGGAAACUACGAAAUUUGUUUGAAGCAGCUGGAAGAAUUUGAGAACCGGGUCGGAAGCAGUCAUAUGUUUUCGAAAACAAAUCGAAAAACCAUCAAUAUCUUAUGUUUGAUUCUUCACUUUGGACAAAUCCUAUAUCCCUUUCAGUACCUGUUUUCUUCCGACGAUUGGAAUGAUAUAUACAGCAAUCUUGAUAUUGUCGUUAAAACAAUUAGGUCAUUAUUAGAAACUAAUGGAAACUCGAAUGAUAGAUUGUCGAAUGCUGUUCAAUCUCUUUAUUCGAUUUCGCACGCUUUGAAGAAAGUUCGAGAUUCAUCUUUGCUCUCUACAUUCGAACGAUGGUUCGUUCCGGUUAUUCUUCUUAUGAUUCAACUUAUAGAGAAUUACCACGACUUCUUGGGCAAAAAUCAGUAUUUCCUGAUUACAGGAAAGUCUUGGGUCUUGAUGUCCCUCGGAUUUAUUAGUCUAUACAUUCCUGAUUAUCCUUUAGAUCCGACUACCGAAGCUCGCACUAAAUGCAAACAAUUGCAAAUUAAACAAUCUAGCCUGGAAACAGAAAUAAAAACAAGAAGUGACAUCGAAAAAUGCAUUACUGGCAACUCUGAAAAUAGCUUGAUUGAACAUCUUAAAAAAGAUCUUGAAAAUGUUCGAUCACUCUACGAAAAAGAGCGCGUAGAUCUAGUUUUGCGUCCAGAAGAUUCACAAAUUAACAAUAUCUUCAAAGAUAUUGAUUACAUUUGCAACAACGUAAUCGACGAAAAACAUAUUGCAACACUCACUGAAGAUUUGGAAAAAGGACAAAAUACGCCAGCUCUAGAUCGAGAAGCAUUGUUUCAAGAAAACACAUCACAGUUUAUUCAACGAGUUACUACAAAUUAUCCUUUAUAUCGCGAUUUACUUCAGCCCAUAUGCGUUACGCUCUUCCAAUUAAAAUAUGGUGUGAGACUAAUGGCGUCACCUCAAUAUAAAUCACGCGAAAUUCAUAUAUUCGAUCUGGUGAUGUCACUAAUGGAGAUGGCAAAAUUGGGGUAUCCGAAUGAGCAUGUUAGGUUAAUUUCAUCACCAAAUUCGAUUAAGAAAAUCAAAGAACUUUUAUUUUCCGCAUCCCCAAACGAGGAUAAAUGGGAUACCUAUUUGAAGUAUAUUACCGUCGUUCUCAGGUGUUUAUACCAUCACAUCGCGAAACGAGGCCACUUUGUUUUUGAAGAUUUGGAAAUUAUCAACUUUUUUUUCGGCGAGACUGCCGAUAUCUACUCUGCUGCCGAAGAGCGGAUGAAUAGUCUUGCUCGAGAAAAAGAAAGUUUGUACAAGAAUAAAACCAAGACAUACACGGAUAUUAACGAUGAUCAACAUGACGGGCAUGAAGAAAUGUUUCCCGACUUUAGCCGAGAAUUUAGCGAAUUUAGUUCAGACGUUGAGAAUAUCGACAUGGAUCCGAAGAUAAUUAAAAAUAAUGUUUCUAUUGUGAAUGAGGAAAUUAUCUUUGAAAUUGGGGAAUUAUACAAGCACAUAAUAACCGAUUUCAAAUAUUAUCUUGUUACAGAUAUUGUCGAUCGCUCACAGCUAAUGCGUAAGAUAUUUUGGCCCUCGUUCACAAUGGCAAGAAAUCUGACACUAUUGAGUGGCAAUCUAUACCCUGAAGAAUUUGACGAUAAGUUUACAACAACUCAAAUGCUCAGCACUUUUUUGUUAAAGAGUUGGUUGAUGCAGGGUACCGAAUUGGAAAACAGCGAUAGAAAACCUUUUUUGAAUGAUAGAAUGUACGAUUUCUAUAAGGACGAAAAUAUCGCCGAGGCAAAGAAGUUAGGUAUCGUCGUCAGGAACUUUCAAAUUCGUAUCAAGGAACUUCUCAAGUUGUGGCCUGAACAUGCAGUUCUCCACCAACUCUACAACAUUUGUGACAAGAUUAGUGGACUUGAAUUAAAUUCACCAAUCGCAAAAUUACUUACCGGAUUAGAAAUCUUGUUACAAAAAUCAGAGGAUUGGGAAUCUUAUGCUAGUCGAGAUGUUUCUAUCAAAUCCAACAGGGAAGAAGUAACGGAGCUUAUUAUCCGUUGGCGUCAGCUUGAAUUAACCUGCUGGCCAAAAUUAUUGGCGGCCCAAGAUAAAUAUUACAUGCAAUCUUCUUUGAAAUGGUGGUUUCACCUUUACGGGUGCAUAAUUCGUCCUAUAUACGAAAUCAGUCGUCAAUACAAUGUUGGUGAAGCAACUCCAAUAAUUAAAGACCACGUCACUGAGAUUGUCAAAAGUCUAGAUCAAUUUAUACAAUCAUCGAAUUUUGGAGAAUUUGAAUCAAGGUUGGAGCUAAUCCGUGUUUUCUAUAUACACCUUUGUAAUCAUUUUCCGACACAUAAUCCGCUUUACGAUCGAGCUGCCAAUGCACUGUGGAAUGUUUACAAAUAUUAUUCACAAUUCCGAGAUGAGCUUCGAACAUCUCUGGGAAUCCUGCGCAAACCUAUUGAGAAGGAGCUCUGUCAAUUUGUUAAGAUUGCCAGCUGGAAAGAUGUAAAUGUACAUGCUCUCAAACAAAGUGCACAGAAAACUCAUCGACAUUUAUCAAAAUGCAUACGUAAAUAUAAAGAAAUACUUGACAGAUCAAUAAUCGAUAUUUUGAGAGUGUCUCCAAAUGACCACCCGAACGCACAACAUAAGGAAAAGGGGCAAGAUGCACAUUCGGGUUCGACAUUAUUUCCGCCGCCAGAAAAAUGGCUUUCCGACAUUUAUCCGAUUGAACCUUCGGAAAAAGUUUUUGAAUUACAACAGACGCUGAGCAAGCAAGGCCCAUUAUCUCCGGAACGAUUCAUAAACAUCAAUAAUACUUUUCAAAAAUUUCGAUCUUAUUGCCUUAAUGACAUCUUCGGUCGAAAUUCUACAUGUGGUUUUUAUGUUGAUGAUCUUGCGACGGAAAUCAUACUGAGAUCAAAGGCGCUUCAAGACGAAACAAAUCUCGCGAUAAAUGAAGAAAAUAAAAGUUCCUUGAAAAACUUAAAAUUAGUCAAGAAAAAAUCCUUGGUUGACCUAUUGAAGGAACUGAAACGAGUCGGAUUGCAUUCGUUUCCUAACAGGAAAGCACUAGAGAAACAACAAAACCUAGGCGAAUAUAUUUUACAACUUCCGAGAUUACAACCUUUAACUGAUACUUUAAAAACGUUAGUUGCUAAAUACCACUCAACCUACCAACUCCCGAUGGAAAAGGAAACCAUUUUAAUGAGCGAAAAGAUUGACGAUUACUAUUAUCGGAUCAUAUCUCGAAUCAACUACCUUCGACAUAUUUCAGCAAGCCAUUCCAAAGAUAUUUCUUCACAAGAAGCACGUAAAGCACUUGGUUUUACCGAAGAUCUAUUAUCUCUUAUUAUUCAAGAGCGCAGAUGGUUUAUAGAAUUUGAAACGCAAUAUAAGGAAUUUUCGGCAUUCAUGAUUCAACUAGGCGACGUGUAUUCGGCAUAUAAACCGACUUCUUCCAACUCACAAACUCAUGAAGUAGUGUCUCUCAAUUCUCUGCAUGAGAAUGAGCUAAGGAUUCUCAAAGAAAUUUUUGAUAAUACAUUAUGCAUGUUGACAUAUUCAAAAACAAUUUUUGAUAUUCAAAAACAAUUUUUGCGGCUACCAGAAAACGAUAGUAUUGACCGAGAUAUUCAAAGCUGGUUUGGCACAAUUUCCACAGCCCGUCAGGAAGUCAAUGACGUAUUCGAACGAAUGAUAUUAAUGCCCGAAUUAGCCGUUGGAAAAAAAGUCGUAUUAACAACCAAAAUUAUUGGUACGCUGAAAACUCACGGCAGAACAAUAAACAUGUUUCACGAAUUUUUAAGCCAAAUCUGCACUCGGUUCUCUGAGUAUUCGCAUAUAUUCUCACCAAUGCGCGAUUACAUAAAUUCUCGAAGCGAGAUUUUUGAGACGUCAGACGUUGAAUGUGAAACGAUCAAUUUGGAUAAUGAAGUAAAGCUAAUUUUGGAAAAUUUCACGCAUAAAGUCGGCGAUUUACUUGAUUGCGUUUUGAUCAAUGUCCAAAACUUGGUAAAGAUUAACGCGCAAGAGAAUGCAGAUGUUGCAGAAAAUGAUCCACCACAUGUGGACCAUGGUCAAAUGUGCGAUAAUCAUAUACGCCAUGAACACAAUCAUAUUUCGGAUAUCACCAAGAAACUUAAUUUGAAAUCGACCAAUGAACAGCUUGGUCAAAUUUAUUCUCUGUUAAGCCAAUUCAUAGAUAAUGAAAGAUUAAACAAUAAUAAGUGUCAAACUUUAAUUUCCUACUUAUUACAAAGAAUAUUUCCGUUCAUGCACCAAUAUUAUAAUGUAAUCCAAUAUUAUCUGACUACAUUUUUAUUCCACCAAAAAUCGCUGUGCAAACUUGAGCUGGUGCUUUGUAAUUCAUUUGUUACAAUUUUUGAAAAAGGCUUUUGCACACCAGAGAUCAGUGAAGCAGAGGAUGGAGAAAGUGGAGACGUCGAUCAGAACCUUCAGGGAACGGGUAUAGGAGGAGGAGAAGGUUCAAAAGAUGUGAGCAAUGAAAUUGAAGAUGAAGAACAGGUAUUGGGAACUCAAAAUGAGGUUGAAUCGAAACCGUCUGAGGGUACUGAUGUAGAUAAAAAAGAUGGGAUUGAGAUGGAGAAUGAUUUUGAAGGCACAUUGGAAGAUAUUGAACGAUCCAAUGAUAAUGAUGAUCAGACCGAAGAUGAGGACUCGAAAUCUGAUAUAGAGGAACAAGUUGGUCAACUUGAUGAUAGUGAUCCUGACGUGGUCGACGAGAAAAUGUGGGGAGAAGAUUCUGCUGAUAAAGAUUCGGGAAAGUCUUUGGAAUCCAAUAAACAAGAAAACCUUCAAGGGGAUUCGGAUAUUGUGGCCAAAGAUGAUUCAAAAGGAGGCCUGGAUGACAAUGAGCAAAAGCAACAAUUACCCAAAGAGAAUAAUGACUAUGAUAUCGAUGAAAAUGAGCCAGAAGACUUUGCAGGCGAUCAAUUAGAAGAGUACAAUGACCAGGAAAUUCAAUUUAAUGACGAAAUUCCACAAGCCGAAACAAUGGAGCUUCCAGAUGACAUGGAGAUUGACGGUAUGGAAGAAGAUUUGAACGAUCUCGAAGAUGGAUGUCCUGAUGAAGAUUUCUCUUCAGAGAUGGAUUUAGAUAAUUCAAACUGCGAAGUUGAAAAAUUACCAGAAGAAGACGUAACAGAAGGCCAAGAAAAUAUCGACUCUCCCAAUAACCCAAUGGAAACCGAAGAACUAGAGGAAUUAGUUAAUACUUGUUCCAAUAAACAGGGUGAAGAAGGUCCAGAAAGUGAAACCGAUGAAAUGGUAGAAAAUGAACCCGAUGAAAUGAUAGAAAAUGAACCCGACGAAAUGAUUGACAAGACUUCAGAUCAAGUCAAAAAUAAUGAAGAACAGUCUCUCAAUAAAAGUUUUCAGGAAAAUCCAAAUAACACAAGCAAAAGUUUGUCAUCUGAUCAAGAUCAAGUAAAUUCUGAAAUAACCGCUGAAAAUACUCAUGGAGUUGACGGUAAGUCUGGAAUGACAACAAUGGUUCCAGAAGCCACGCCCCGUGGUGGAAUGCCACAAUCACCAGAAAAUACCUACGACCAGAAAAAAGAAGUCGAAAAACUCCCUAACACUACUUCCAUGGAUAAUCUAAAUAAUUUUGACGACGAAAAAGUCGAUAAAAGAGAUACCUCCAAGAUCGAAUAUCCAAAUGAUGAAAUUCGUGAUGCAAAUCCCCAUCGAAGUCUUGGCGAUGCACUUGAAAAAUGGAGACGUCGACUCGGGAUGAUUGAAAAAAAUGAUAGUUCGGACCUCAAAAACGAAAAAUUGGAUGAAAAUAAUGACAUUGAUAAGCAAGAAGAUAUCGACGAAGGUCAAGCAUUUGAAUAUAUUGAAAAUGAUGAAAUGACUUACGACCUACAAGUCAUGGAAGGGACAAAUGACGAACGACCAAUGGAUGUUGGGGACACCACCAGUGCCGAAGAUCACAUAUACGAGUCUAACGACAUACCCGUAGAAGUGAAAGAUACCAACUGUAUGAAACCAGAUGAACUAGUUUAUGAUGAUAAAACUUCACAAGAACCUGAAGAUCAUGGAAAGAGUGCAUUGUUUGCUGGAAAACGAGGAAUGGAGCCUGACAAUGAAGAACAAAUGGUUGACGACUCACUUAUAAUUCAAUCACAGCCACCUUUGUCUCAGUUGAACGUGGAAAGUUUGCGUCAAGACCUCGAAAUGAAAUUGCAAGAAUGGCGUCAAUCCGGCCGAAGUAUCGAUGCGGCCAGAGAACUUUGGCAAAAAUACGAGAAUCUAACAUACGAUCUGGCCAAUGGUCUUUGUGAACAACUGCGACUUAUUCUUGAACCGACUCUCGCAACAAGAUUAAAGGGCGAUUAUCGUACCGGCAGAAGACUUAAUAUGAAAAAAAUAAUACCUUACAUCGCCAGUGACUUUAAAAAAGACAAAAUCUGGCUUCGCCGCACGAAACCAAGCAAAAGACAAUACCAAGUAAUGAUCGCUGUCGAUGACUCUAAAUCGAUGUGCGAAACACAUUCGAUUCAACUAGCCUACGAAACAUUGGCACUCAUUUCUAAAGCGCUAUCACAACUUGAAGUAGGAGAUAUUUCAAUUGUCAGCUUUGGAGAAAAAGUUCAAAUGCUCCAUCCAUUUGAUCAACCAUUUAGUAGUGAAGCAGGUGCUCAAGUGUUGCAACAAUUUACAUUCGAGCAAAAAAAGACUUACAUACGAUCUUUAAUGGAAACAUCAAUUGCAUUGCUGGAACAUGCCCGGAAUAAUUAUAAUGGUCGAUCGCAACAAAAGGAACUUUGGCAACUUCAACUAAUCAUUUCAGAUGGAGUAUGUGAGGAUCAUGACAGUCUUAAAGCACUCGUUCGAAGAGCAAUUGAAGCACAAAUUAUGGUCGUAUUCAUAAUCGUCGAUAAUAAGUCUGGAAGUGAUUCCAUUGUAUCGAUGAAUCAAGUGAAAUACAAAUCUGUUAAUGGACGAAUGACUUUAGAAAUGGUACGAUAUUUAGACUCUUUUCCAUUCGAUUAUUAUGUUGUGUUAAGAGAUGUUAACGCAUUAUCAGAAACUCUGGCCGACGCAUUGAGACAAUAUUUCAGUAUAAUUGGCCAAAAUAGUUCUUAG